GGCCGACGGUAGCUGAAAUUUCGUACUGACUCGCCUUACUGGAAAGUCAUGAAUCCAACAUUAGAGCCAUAUAAACUGCCAGGUAUACCAGAUUCAGCGUACUACAUUCCAAACUUCAUCUCGGCGGCCGAAGAAGAAUACUUGAUCUCGAAGGUACAAACUGCACCAGCACCAAAAUGGGUCUCAUUAAAAGCCAGGAGGCUACAGAAUUGGGGCGGGACUCCUAAAGUAGAAGACGGAAAAAUGUUACAAGAACCUAUUCCGACAUGGCUGAAGGAACCUAUUUUCAAGAAACUGCAGAGCAUUGGAGUCAUUUUUGGCGACAGUCCAUCCACUGAGCCGAAUCACGUCCUGGUGAACGAGUAUCUGCCUGGUCAAGGCAUUAUGCCUCACCAGGACGGACCACUGUAUAACCCGAUCGUUGCAACAGUGACUUUGAAUUCUCACUCGAUACUAAAUUUCUAUCCACACGGUGUGGAGAAGGCAACAAGCGAACCUGAAUUCUCGGUCUUACUCGAACCUCGAUCACUCUUCGUUCAGACUGGCCAGCUUUACCAAACCUAUCUCCACGGCAUUGCUGAGGUAACUGAGGACGAUUUGGCGGAGAGACCGCCAAUCAACUAUCAUACAAUCCCUAAUCGUACCCUAUUACCGAGACAAACAAGAAUUAGUUUGACUUAUAGACACGUUAAACGUGCCAUCAAAAACCCGUUUGCAAAGACUCUAUUUAAACAUUAACUCAAAUUUAUAAACAGUUAUGAUAACGAUUGUAUAAGUUAUACAAUGCGUUAGAGUCCGUUAAAUAAUGUACAGAAAAAU